CACGUGCCUGUGCCGCCGCCGCCGCACGCACACACACAGCACAGUUACAGCGACUUUGCUGCUGCCUGAUUCAUCUCGUUUGCUGAGCUGCAUCCAAAGGGCUACCGGCUCUUGAUCGCGGGCAGGCAGUCCUGUGACAAGAGGAAAACAAGCUGCUCGUUGCCAUUGCCACCCUGCUCCCCUGGAAGGGCAGAGAGGAGGGAAGAUGGACCCGCCAAGAGCUGGGCACCCAGAGAGCAGAGGAGCCCCCCGAGAGUCCGGCAGCAAAGCAGCCAACGGCGGAGGGCAGCCGAAGCAGGAGGGAUGGGAAGAUGCCCGGGCGUUUUAUGAAAACCUUUCCCCCCAAAAGAAACCCAAAUCACCAAAGCCGCAAAAUGCCAUCACGAUUGCGGUGUCAUCGCGAGCCCUCUUCCGUAUGGAAGAGGAGCAGAAGAUUUACAAUGAGCAGGGUGUGGAGGCCUACGUGAAAUUCCAGCUGGAUCACGAGAAUGAGCCCUUUCUGCCUGGAGCAGCCUUUCCCUUUGUCAAGGCACUGGAAGCUGUUAACAUACAGCUGCGGGCGCUCUACCCAGAGAGCGAAGAGCUCUUCGACAUCGUCCUCAUGACUAACAACCACGCUCAGGUGGGAGUCCGCUUGAUCAACAGCAUCAACCAUUACAACCUGUUCAUCGAGAGGUUUUGCAUGACAGGUGGGAACAGCCCCAUUUGCUACCUGAAGGCCUACCACACCAACCUGUACCUGUCAUCUGACUGUGAGAAAGUGAGUGAAGCCAUAGAAGAGGGAAUUGCUGCAGCCACCAUGUUCAGCCCCAACAGGGACGUGCAGGUUUCAGAGGACCAGCUGCGUGUAGCCUUCGACGGAGACGCCGUGCUGUUUUCAGAUGAGUCUGAGCAGAUUGUGAAGGCUCAUGGUCUUGACAAGUUCUUUGAGCAUGAGAAGACUAAUGAGAACAAGCCUUUGGCUCAGGGGCCGCUGAAAGGUUUCUUGGAAGCUCUUGGGAAGCUCCAGAAGAAGUUCUACUCCAAGGGGCUGCGCCUGGAAUGCCCCAUCCGCACGUACCUCGUCACGGCACGGAGCGCAGCCAGUUCUGGAGCCCGUGCCCUAAAGACUCUCCGGAGCUGGGGGCUGGAAACGGAUGAAGCCGUCUUCCUAGCUGGCGCCCCCAAGGGACCCUUGCUGGAGAAAAUUCGCCCACACAUAUUUUUUGAUGACCAAAUGUUCCAUGUGGAAGGGGCGAAGGAGAUGGGUACCAUCGCAGCCCACGUCCCUUAUGGGGUGGCUCAGAAAUCCAGGCGCUUGGGACAGGAGAAACAAAAUGAGAAUAGAAAGUAACAGAAAAGAGC